AUGUAUAACGAAAAAAAUGAAUUAGUUUAUUCAUUUAAAAUAAGUGAAGAUGUAGGAAAUGAAUGUACGGGGGUUUAUAGGAACCCUAAAUAUAAAGAUAUAUUAGUAGGUAAUUUUGAAGAUAAACCUUUAAAUAAUAUAUGGGAGCUGUUUAGUGAAGUAUCCGAUAAAUUUAAAGAUAAUGAAUGCUUAGGCACUCGAAUAAAAGAAAACAAUAAGUUGGGAGAAUAUAAAUGGAAAACAUAUAGAGAGAUAAAAGAAUUAGUAAUAUUAAUUGGUUCAGGGCUAUUAAAUUCCAAUGCAUGCCCACUAAUUGAAUGUGAUGACAAUAUAAUAAAAAGUGCUCGAUUUCUAGGUUUUUAUAUGCCUAAUAAUGAAGAAUGGACUAUUUGUGAUUUAAGUUGUAACGCAUAUAACAUUGUUACAGUACCUUUAUAUGACUCUUUAGGUACUGAAUCAAGUAAAUUUAUUUUAGAGCAAACCUUAAUGGAAACUAUUAUUUGCAAUAAGUCUUGUGUUCUUAAUUUAUUUAAUUCAUUAGAAACAUGUGAAAAAAUUUAUUUAAAAAAACUAAUUUUAGUAGAUGAAAUAGAUGAAGAAAUAGAAAAAUUAGGCAAAAAAUUUAAUUUGGAAUUAAUUGCAUGGGAGGAUUUAAUAAAUGAAGGCAAAAAAAAUAGAUUAGAUGUUACCCCUGGAGAUCUUGAUACUGUUGCUUCUAUUUGCUAUACCUCAGGUACUACUGGAUUCCCUAAAGGAGUAAUAAUGACUAAUAGAAAUUUUUUAGCAACAUUAAGUGCAUCAGUUAUAGAGGUAUCAAAAAUGCCAGAUAUAGAAGUAAAUGAAAAGGAUAUACAUAUAUCUUAUUUACCAUUAGCUCAUAUAUAUGAGAGAGUGUUUCUUUUAUUAUGCUUUUACUAUGGAAUACGUAUAGGAUAUUAUUCAGGAAAUGUACAAGCAUUAAUUGAGGAUAUCCAAACGUUAAAACCAACGAUUUUUAUUAGUGUUCCCAGGCUUUUUAAUAGAAUUCAUGAGAGAAUUUUUAAUUCUUUAAAAAAGAAAUCACACUUAAUUCAAGCAUUAUUUAAUAAAGGAAUAGAACAUAAAGUUAAGAAAUUAAAUUCAAGUGGUUCUUCUACUCAUUUUUUAUGGGAUAAAUUGCUUUUUAAUAAGGCAAAAAAAAUUUUAGGAGGGAAUGUAAAAGUAAUGUUAAACGGAUCUGCACCUAUUAGUUCUGAUGUCUUAAAAAAGUUGAAGUCAAUUUUUUGUGUACCAAUUUUAGAGGGUUAUGGGAUGACCGAAACAUUAGGACCUGCAUUUUUGUCAUAUAUACAUGAUCCUAUUGUUGGGCAUAUAGGAGGACCUAUAUCAUGUGUAGAAUUUAAAGUUGUAUCAGUACCUGAAAUGAAUUAUUUCAUCACUGACAAACCACCCAAAGGAGAAUUAUACUUAAGAGGACCAAGUAUAUGUAACUUAGGUUAUUUUAAAUUAGAAAAGGAAACAAAGGAUUUAAUUGAUGAAGAUGGUUGGAUACGUACAGGAGAUGUAGUUGUGUUAAAUGAAAAUGGCUCACUUACUAUUAUUGAUAGAAAAAAAAAUAUUUUUAAAUUGUCUCAAGGUGAAUACGUGGCUGUAGAAAAAAUAGAAUCUUCUUAUAAACAAUCUUUAUUUAUUAACCAAAUUUUUGUUUUUGGAUAUUCGUUUGAAUCUUUUCUUGUUUGUGUUAUAUUUCCAUCAACAGAUACUAUUGAAAUUUGGAAAAAAAAUAAGAAAAUUGACAAAACAGAUGAUGAAAUUAUAACGUUACCCGAUUUUAAAAAUGAUGUUAUUAACGAUUUAAUUAAAAUAGGGAAAAGUGAUGGAUUAAAAGGAUAUGAACAAGUUAAAGAUGUCUUUUUCACUCUAGAACCCUUUACUAUAGAAAAUGAUUUAUUGACACCCACAGGAAAAAUUAAAAGACAUGUUGCUCAUAAAAAAUUUAAGUCUCAAAUUGAUGAAAUGUAUCAAAAAGCAAAGAGCUCGUAA